AUGCUGGGUGGUUCCUAUCAAAAUGGGAAAAAUCAAGUCUCACCCCCCUCUGGCCUUUCCUGUGUAAGUCAUGAAGCUCUCGGUCGUGGUGCAGGUCUGGAUCCCUCUAAACUACCUGAGCAGCCUGGGCAAUUGAGUAACUUGAGUCUCGCGUCGCGUAUCGGUGGGAAGCUUCAGAAGAAGGAAGUACUCUCGGCUGUUGAAAAGUAUGAGAAUUAUCAUGUCGCUUAUGGAGGUGAAGAAGAAGAGAGGAAAGCUAACUAUACUGACUUGGUAAAUAAAUACUACGAUCUUGCUACCAGCUUUUAUGAGUUUGGCUGGGGGGAAUCAUUCCAUAAUGCACCUAGAUGGAAAGGGGAGACCAUUCGAGAGAGCAUCAAGCGACAUCAGCACUUUCUUGCUUUACAACUAGGCCUCAAGCCUGGGCAGAAGGUGUUGGACGUAGGCUGUGGAAUCGGUGGACCUCUGAGAGAAAUUUCUAGGUUUACCUUAACGUCAGUGACGGGGGUGAACAACAAUGAUUACCAGAUAUCGAGGGGAAAGGAACUGAACCGCGCUGCUGGAAUACUGGAAAAAACCUGUAACUUUGUCAAGGCUGACUUCAUGAAAAUGCCAUUUCCUGACAAUAGUUUUGAUGCAGUAUAUGGAAUUGAGGCUACUUGUCACGCACCAGAUGCUUAUGGGUGCUACAAAGAAAUAUACAGAGUACUAAAGCCUGGCCAGUAUUUUGCUGCAUAUGAAUGGUGCAUGACCGAUUCUUUCAAUCCCAAUAACCGAGAACAUCAACAAAUAAAGGCAGACAUCGAGAUUGGUGAUGGCCUUCCAGACAUCAGGACGACAGGAAGGUGCCUUGAAGCUCUGAAGCAAGCAGGUUUUGAGCUUAUAUGGGAGAACGAUAUGGCCCUGGACUCACCUCUCCCCUGGUACUUGCCUAUGGAUAAAAAUCACUUCUCACUGACUAGUUUCCCUGCAACUUCGGUUGGGCGUUUCGUUACAAGAAGCAUGGUCAGGACCCUGGAAUUCGUGGGACUUGCCCCAAAGGGAAGUCUACGUGUUCAAAUUUUUCUACAGCAGGCUGCAGAUGGUCUAGUUGAAGGUGGAAGGAGAGGGAUUUUCACACCAAUGUACUUCUUUCUGGCCCGGAAGCCGCUUUCAGAGGAUCGCUAAUUUGGCACUGUAAACCAAUAAACCAGGCAGCAGAAUCAUCGUCUAUGCUAAGAGUUGGAAGUAGUUUGUCUCUGUUCGAUCGGUUUCCUGUACGUGGUGUCAUUUCUACAAUAAGUUUGAGCAAUGUUGUAAACUUUUGCCGCAAAGUUUGAGCAAUAUAACUUAUGACUUUCUAUA